UCCACGUUCGGGUCUUUCCGCCGUUCCGGAGUCUGACCGUUCGCCCGGUACCUAAACGUCACCGUCAGCCCUGCCCUCACUGGGCGGGGCCAGUAGCCGGAAGUGGGGCCGUUGCGGCUGUUUAAAGGGGCAACAGCAGGAUGGAAGCAGAAGAUGGGACAGCUCUCCAUGCACAGAGCACUCUCAGAACAGAAUUGGAGGACAGGAUCUCUCCCUUCUUCCCACAGCCCCUCCACGGGAUGUAUUCAGACCCGCUGCCCCAGGGACCCUCCCAGCAGAUAGCUUGUGUGGUUCGCUGGUUCCGCCACUGGCCCCCGGCCCAGCGGGAGUGCUUCCUCUACCAGUUGCUGCAGGGGGCGGUGCCAGGCAAGGCGUGGGGUCUAUUGCCGGCGCUGGGGGCCCUGGGCGUCUCUGGGGAGUCUCCCAGCCCUGCCCAGCUCCAGCUGGGGCAGUGGGCCCGCUGGUUCCAGGCCUGGGGCCCCGACGACAGGAACCGGCUGCUGGCUGCCCUGGAGGAGAGCGAGCCGGCCUUCGCAGACCGUUUCUAUCGGGAGCUGGCCGGAAGUGUGGGAGAGGCCUGAAAGCCUGCGGCCCCCUUUCCCCGGCCCUCCCCUCCUUCGUGGGCGAGGUCUGAGCGGCGGGAUCGCCCCUCCUGGGUCCUCCUCUGCCCUCGCAGACCCAGAGAGAGAGACCUGAAGGCAUGGGGUCCCCCUUCCCCGCCUUCCAAGUAGAGCUGGCCGGGAUGGUGCCCCUCAGCCCUCCCUGCCCCAUCGUCGUGGACUGCUUCUAUCCAGAGCUGGCAGGACCGUGGGACAGGACAUCCCUGUCGGGGUGGGCAACUGCAACUGAGAGACCGAGAGCUGGACAGGAUGUGAAGAGAGCUGGGGGGAAGACAUACCAAUCUUCCCCCCCGCCACCCCCAAUAACCAGGACUGCAGGGAAGGUCUGGAGGUGGGGCGGGUCACCCAUCCUUUCCUCUCCCCUCCCACCUCGCGUCCAUUCAUCUGUCUGCCUGCACCAUGAAUAAAACCAAUCUGCGUUCCUCUG